UCUCAGAGGUGUAUCCAUGUCCUCAGUGGCCACACCAGGUGCCAAUAUUCAAAUCUGAGCGCCUAUUGGUUUGACCACAGCAUCCCAAAAAACUCACUUCCUCUCAAACCACGACAUCAUGUAACACCAAUGUAUGUGAAAUAAGCUUUUCCCUUUGCUCCUUCUUGUUUAUGCUGGGUGGUGCUGCCCUGCAGAUGAAUUUUCUGUAGGAAUUUGGGGAUUUUUAUUUGGGGAUUUAUUCUGUUUCAGACCAGCUAGUCCUGGUGAGAUGGCACUGUUCACAUUUUUGUUUUCUCUUCUCCCCAGUGAUCUGUGUUUUAUUGAUGCUGCUGGACCUUAGUGACCUUCUUUCAGCACAUCAGGGUAUAAAGAUGUGCAUGUUCCAUAGCUGUGUCCUUAACAGUGGUCAGAGACCUCUGCUUAUGUAAUUUCUCCUUCCUUUUCCCCACAUUGCUACCAUUGCUGGUCUCACUGUAGAAUCAUAGAAUCUUCAGGGUUGGAAGAGACCUUUGAGAUCAUCCAUUCUGGCUGUAAACUUGGCAUUGCCAGGGUAACCCCUAAACCACUAAACCAUCAUGCAGUGCCAUAUCCAGACCCCUCUUAAAAAAGUCUGGGGCUCAACCACCUCCCUGCACAACCUAUUCCAAUGCCUGACCACCUGUACAGUGAUUUUUUUUUCUAAUAUCUAAACUGAAUCUCCUCUGUUCCAGUUUAAGGCCAUUACCUCUGGUGCUUUCAUUGCAGGCACAGCAGGAGAAACUGGCCCUCACCUCACUGCAAACUCCUUUCAGGGAGAGGUAGAGAGUGAUGAGGUCUCCUGUGAGCUUCCUCUUCUGCAGGCUAAACAAUUCCAGCUCCCUCAGCUGUUCCAUAAUACAUGUUUUCUAGACCUUUCAGGAGCCUUGUUGCUCUUCUCUGGACAGGCUCCAGCACAUCAAUGCCCUUGUUAAUGCGAGAGUUCCAGAACGAAACACAGGACUCAAAGUGCAGCCUCACCAGUGCUAAGUACAGUGGAUGAGCACUUCCCUUGUCCUGCUGGCCACACUGUUCUUGAUACAGGCCCAGAUGCCAUUGACCUUCUUGGCCACCUGGGCACACUGCUGGCUCAUACUGAGCCAGCUGUCAGCCAGCACUCUCAAGUCCAUUUCUGUCAAACAGCUCUUGAGCCACUCCUCCCCCAGCCUGUAGCACUGCCUGGGGUUGCUGUGACCCGAGGGUAGGACCUGGCACCUCCCCUUCUUGAACCUCCUGCAAUUGUCCUUAGUCCAUUGGUCCAGUCUGUCCAGCUCUCUCUGUAGACCCUUCCUACCCUCACACAGAUCAAUACUUCCACCCAACUUAGUGUCAUCUAGUCAUUUUUUUACUCAUCCAAGAUUUUAACCACGAUGCUCUCAAGGUCCUCAAUCCCAUGUUCUGGAGCUGGUGAGACACUGGGAGUACAAAUAUUCUCCAGACUCCAGCACUGAUUACUGCUGCUGUACGCUGUAUGACCAUUUUUGUUUCCAAAUGUAAAUAGAUGCAUGUGACACAGCAGUGACAUGUCUCACAUAAUGACAUGUUUAUCAAAAGCCCCAGACAAUGUGCUCUGAUUCAUGGAAGCUAAACAUUAUUGCUGCUAAAGCCACACUGUCUUAAAACAUUGUUCACUGUUUGAGUCAGUUACUGUGUGACCACAGACCGAUCUCAGUCCAGCAAAGGUUUAUCCAGUGUGGUCCUCUUCCCAUGGGUACAAACUCAGUGCAGACGCUGUACUUGUCCCCAGGGAACCUGGUGGGUGAUAUCACAACUCUCUCCCAAAGAAAGGAUUUGGAUUUAAGGGAAGUUGUGGCACCUGGGAAGAUCUCACCUUGCAGAAAGGAUUCAGCAGGAGUGUGUGGCAGUCUCAAAGCUGAGAGGUGGCUUCUUCAGGUUUGUUCACUGCUGAUGCCAGUCCUCUGGAUAAUGGAAUGUGUGUGCAGGUGGUGUAGGAUCCCAGUCCUGAAUGUGGUGAGUAUCUUGAAUCCAGGAUUUUGUUCAAGCCAUUGUGGUUUGGUUAAGGUAUGUUGAGUAUUUUCGUUCAGAAGGCUGGCAGAAGCCAUAAUGACACUGAAUUCUUUUUUUGCUACAGAGAUUGCAUAACACUUAUCAUUGUGAAAUGUGUUAUUGUGAGAAGUGAGUCAAGCAUACAGAAAGUAAUCCUGUGGAAGUCCACCCGUCACCCACAUACCAACUCACUCUGUAUAAAAACAAGGCUGCGUGUAACCACCAAUAACAAUAAACACUUCUUUGAGGGUAGUGCAGAAAAAACCCUUUCGUUACCUGACUGCUGAGUCAGAACCACAGAAGUUUAUAUUCCCCACUCUGACCCAGGAGCUGGGAGGCUGCACCAUGCUCCCUUCCCAGGCUCUCCUGCCCGCUGUGGUGUUUGCACUCACAGCCCUUCGGGCCCUUGCCUCCGACACCUUCCUGGCAGCCGUCUACGAGCACGCCGUCAUCCUGCCACCUGCCACCCAGGAGCCCGUUCCUCCCAGAGAUGCUUUGGCCCUGAUGAACAAAAACAUGGAUGUCUUGGAAGGGGCCAUCAAGGAAGCUGCCCAGCAGGGUGCCCACAUCAUUGUGACUCCUGAAGACGGCAUCUAUGGCUGGCAAUUCACAAGAGAAUCCAUCUACCCCUACCUGGAGGAUAUCCCUGAUCCCGUGGUGAAUUGGAUUCCCUGCACUGACCCCUCAAGAUUUGGUCCAAGACCAGUGCAGGAACGGCUCAGCUGCAUGGCCAGAAAUAACUCCAUCUAUGUGGUUGCAAAUAUCGGGGACAAGAAGCCGUGUGACUCCAGCGAUCCCAGCUGCCCCAGGGAUGGACGGUACCAGUACAAUACGGACGUCGUCUUUGACACACAGGGGAAACUGGUGGCUCGGUACCAUAAGUACAAUCUCUUUAGAAGUGAAACUCAGUUUGAUUAUCCAAAAGAGCCAGAAGCUGUCACCUUUGAGACUCCUUUUGGGAAAUUUGGCAUCUUCACUUGCUUUGACAUCCUUUUCUAUGAGCCUGCCGUGGUCCUGGUGAGCAAGAUGCAGGUGGACACCGUGCUCUUCCCAACAGCUUGGAUGAAUGUCCUGCCCUUUCUGACUGCAAUUGAGUUUCACUCUGCCUGGGCUAUGGGCAUGCGUGUUAAUUUACUUUUAGCAAAUACUCACAACACCACCAAGGCAAUGACAGGCAGUGGGCUGUUCACACCAGAAGGACCUGCUGCCUACCACUACGACAGUGACACUGAGGAGGGACGUCUCCUGCUUGCAGAAUUGAGUGCACACCCCCGUCUUUCCCCCACCUACCCCCCUGCCAUCAACUGGAGUUUGUAUGCCACAAGCAUCAAGAAAUUUCCUGGAGAAAACGACACUUUCUCAGGAACUGUCCGGAAGGAUAUAUUCACUUUCAGAGAACUCAGGCACAAGGAUGGAAAUUACACUGUUUGCCAAGGAGACCUUUGCUGUCAUCUGGUCUACCAGAUGUCAAACAAGACGAGAGAUGAAAUUUAUGUCCUGGGUGCAUUUGAUGGGCUUCACGGUUCUCUCAUAAAAUACCAUUGGCAGAUCUGCACUCUGCUCAAGUGCCCCAGCACAAGCCUGAGCACAUGUGGGCAGCCCGUGGAGACGGCUCAGACCAAGUUUGAGAUGUUCUCCCUCAGUGGCACGUUUGGCACCAGCUACGUCUUCCCAGAAGUGCUGUACAGUGGGGUGCAGCUGGCCCCCGGGGAGUUCGAGGUGCUCCGUGACGGGCGUUUGAAAAGCAAGAAUGGCAUGUCGAAACCGCUCAUAACAGCGACACUUUUUGGAAGGCUUUAUGAGAAGGACCAGCCACAUCCUCUGCGAAUUUCCCUGUAAAGUGUCUCCUUAGGAGUUACACACUCACCAGAGACAGGAGGGGAGUUUCCUCCUGAGCCAUAGCAGUUAUCUUGUAUGAUUCUUUUUCUGCAAUAUUGCACUUCUGCUCAGCAGCUGUGGCAGUUGGGCUUAUUUGGGAGAAAGUGUUGUGUUCACCCUGCUGUGCAUGCCUUUUUAAUAGGGCUUGAGCCAGUGCAAUUAUUUUUUAGUAUGCAUGAUCUUCACAUGAACCUUUUCAUCAGAAUUCUUUUUCCCCCAAAAUAUCAUAUAGAUUGCUAGGAUUACAGUAGAAAGAAGACUGAUACCAAAACCUAUGAAAUGUGGUUUGCCAUUUUGUUGGAGAAUAAAUUCUCUCCAGUAAAGCCUCUCUGUCCCUUUUGCCCCUUCCUGUUUUUCAGACCGUAUGAUCAUUAAGUUUCUGCAUUUUUCAGCCUUACAGCCGAAACACCAUAGCCUUCCUAACACUCAAUGAGCCCUGGCCCCUUUCUGACCAAGGUACUGUACAAUAAAGAGAAUGCCAGAUUUGAAAUUUUCUUGGGUGCAAUCUUAAAGAGAGAAAGUGGUCCUCCGCAACCCAUCCAGGUGUUGGGUCUGGCUAAGACAAGAUAAAGCACAUCCAAUUCUGCAGUGCCUCUGAUCUUGCACCUCUUUGUACGUGGGAGAUGGGUGUUGGGUCCAGGGCACUUCACAUCCAACUUACCAUGUACAACACAGUACUCCAACACCUUCUCCUGGGUAUAUGGAUAAUUUCUUCAAAACUGUUAAGAUAUAUGAAACAGGCAAUCUUUUAGCACCUGAAACAUAUUUCACCCUGUAGCAUGAGAAAUGGGCCUUAUUUUGGAUUUCUAGCAAUGAGAUAUCAAACUUGGCAGCCCUGGGCCUCAUUUCUGCCUAUCAUGUUAUGGAGCCAAUGAGCUUUGUUUGCAUCCAGUAUGCUUGGAGUUGUCUCUGCCUCCACACUUAUCCCAUAGCAUUUUACAUCUACUGCCGUUCUUAGAGCCUGCACCAAGGUUAGCACUGAGCUGUGCUAAAGGUGGCAUGUAAGAAACACUCUGUGACUUCCCACCUCACUCACACCUAUGUAUGUUAUCCAGAAGUUGUUAAAAUUACAUGAUUUCUGUUUUGCCCCAUGCUGCAGCUUCUCAGUGUGCAACUUUAGGGGCUUUUUCUAGGAGUAUUUUAAUCCUGGAAAUAAAACACUUGAACACUUGA